AUGGUGAAACCAAGGGCCAGGAAUUCUAUAGGCAGGUCCUUCAGCAGGUUGAGGUCCUCUAUUUCGAACAGCUUUAAAAAGACGAGCGACUUGCCUGAAUCUUCCUCGAACUACGGCGAAAAUUUAAACAACGAGUCCUUCGAGCCCUCGGGCAGUUUUCACGACCACAAACUCAUGUUCUCCCGGAGCGACAACAACGUCAGGGCCGCCUUUCCGGAACCGGCCUCUCCAGAUUUGGACGACUCUGCCCCCAACGACGAGGCCUUUGGCGCUCCAAAGGCCGGCCACAACGGCGCACAUUCCCGUAGUUUGGAAUAUUUUAACGGCGACUCCUACUCGGCGGUGCCCAGGGACCAGCACUCGGCCCCCCCGGGCGACCAGCAGCUGUGGAACGAGUACUUAAAAUAUCUAAACAAGGACGAGUUCGACCGGAUUUACAGGGAGUAUGUUGACAGGAACGGGCGUGACUUUCUGAACGUCGGCCUGAGGACCUACAUUGACGCGGUGAUUGAGACGAAGCGCUUCCGGAACCGGUGCUUUCACGUUCUGAGCAGAAACUCGGCCGCUUCGCACUCGCCAAGUUAUUUUAACCACCAGGGCAUCAGCGGCAGCAGCGCUGACCCGCUUUAUCGCAGUUAUUUGACUCCGGAGCCCAGUUACGCCCGCACUCACGACAAAGGGCACUCCGCGUACCCUGGCAAUGGCCUCGGCUACGGCUACAACAGUAACAGCUUUGGCAGCAACGAAACUAGUUACUCCGACAGCAACAACUACAACGGCGUUGAUAACAAUUCUGGGAAUCUCGCUGGCGGCAAUUUCACUCCGGAAAGGGCGUCCUUUCCUCAGGAGCGCCCGGGCCACUCGGCGGCCGAUAGGCCCUUCCCGGCGCCUGCCGCUGAACCUGUGCAUAAAUUUGACGACUUUAUAAGCAACUAUGAUUAUUUGAAUUCCUACAACAGGUUUAAGGACUUUAAGCCCCUCGAUUCCCCCUCGCCCAGCAGCCGGGCCGCUGCGAGCGGAGCAAAUCUGCCAUUGCCUGGCUCGAGCCACACUGCCGACACCUCAGCUCGGGACGCCACCGCCGAGUUAAACGAGCAGGUGCUGAGUCACAACGAGAAGCUGCGGCUGCUCGAGAAGAUCGGCAUCGACGACGACUACAUAGCCAAGCGCGUUUGCAGCAAGUUCUCGGGCCGCGCGCGCAGCAAGGCCUUCGUCGGCAGCAACGAGAAGAGGAGUCUGGAGGAGUUCAACCUGUUCCACAAGGAGAACCUCAAGAACCAGCUGGACCUCAACGAGCAGCUGUCCCAGGAGCUGAUUCGCCUUUCAAACCUGAACACUCCCGACGCGCUGAACUCUAGGCUGAAGGACAGCGAGUACGCCGCUAGGUCCACCGACCUCUUCAAGUCCACCCUGAGCGACUCCUUCGCUGAGGGCAGCAGCUUGUUUAGGAGAAUAUCGGACACGAUUGACCGGAACCGGGACGCGAGUCCUGUGAACAUUUUGAGCAUGCCGUACUCGUAA